AAAAAAAAAUAUGCUACAGUUCCUUGUUAUACUUUUUACCUAGUUGUACAAAUAAAUUUACUAGUUGCAACUGUUUAUCCGUACCUACUUUCAGUUUAUCCUUUUAAAGACUGUUUUUAUUAAAAUAUCUCAACAUUUUCUUUUGAAGAUACAGUAAACUGAAAUUAAAUUAUUUAAAUACAUUCAACAAUGUAUCAACAACUUUGUUAGAAAUUUAAAAAAAUAUUGAUUAAGUGAUUUGUCAGCAUUAGUUGAAAUCAAGAAAUGGAUGUUAUAAACAUCACGGAUAUGGCUAUUGAACCAGUGGAAAAUGCCACAAGAAUUAUGACCCGAGAAGAACAAAUGAGAGAAGAGCAUCGGAAAUUACAUGAAGCUCAUAAAGGUCAUGAGUCGAUGCAUGCUGAGAUGUUAGUAAUUUUAAUGAUUACUAUGAUUGUUGCACAAAUAGUAUUAUUGGAAUGGAAAAGAAGGCAUUUUAAAUCAUUUCAAGUUGUGACAUUUUUAGCAUUAUGGUUAAUACCAAUUUUAAUGUCAAUUCGUAUGUCAUAUUGGAGGUUUAUUGUAUUUUGGACAUUGUUUUCAUUGAUCACAGGACUUGUGGUACGAAAAGCUUUAGAAAAACCUUUACAAGGAUCAACACCUAGAUUGGUGUACAAAUGGUUCUAUUUCAUCUACAAACUAACCUACGUACUUGGUAGUGUUGGAUACAUUAUCAUGGUUGCUGUAUUUCUUGGAUUUGGUGUUAUGUUCAAUCUUAACCCAGUUACAUCGAUGGAUUAUGGAUUGAUAAUAAUGUACUAUGGGUUGUAUUUUGGUGUCUUAGGACAAGAUAUUGCUGAGAUAUGUGCAUCUAAAAUGGCUGCACACUUGGGAUAUUAUACGCCUCAAGGAAUGCCAACUAGAAGCUUAGAUAAAAAUAUUUGUGCUGUUUGUGGAAAUAAAUUAUUGGUGAAUGCUGGUGAAGAAGGAAUAAUUGAAUCUACCUUCCAAUUAACAUGUGAUCAUACAUUUCAUGAAUUUUGUAUUCGAGGAUGGUGUAUUGUUGGUAAAAAACAAACAUGCCCAUAUUGUAAAGAAAAAGUCGAUUUGAAAAGAAUGUUUCGUAAUCCGUGGGAAAAACCUCAUGUUUUGUAUGGUCAACUAUUAGAUUGGAUACGCUGGUUUGUAGCAUGGGGACCAAUUAUAAUGAGCAUUAUACAAUUUUUAAAUUACAUUCUUGGAUUAAAGUAGUUUAAUUUUUAUAAUAAACGUGAAUUUUAAAUUGUU